UAUUAAUUUUGUUGGGUAGCUCAAAUAUUUAUUUUAAUUAUGUAAUAUUAAGAUAAAAAAAGUUAUAAACCACAUAUCUAAAUCUAAAGAUUACAUAAACUGUGAACCACACCGUCCAGUUAUAACUCUAUGAGAAUAUUGCUGUAAUUUAUUUUUCUUUUCCAGAAUUUUUUAUUUAAAUGAAGGAAACAAAACGACAGUAAAUGGAAAAUAUAAUAAAUUUAGGAAAACGAAAAACUGAGAUUAAAAUUAAAUAAAAUGGAAAACCGAGAGACGAUUUGUGUUCAGUAUAAAGACUAAAGAGAGAGAGAGAUCAAACACCUCAAAAGUCCCAAAGACUAAAACCCUUUAAAAAAAAAGCGAUGAGUGGAAAACUUCUCAAGAAGUUGGAAGAUCCGCCGGUUGCAUCUUCUUCAAGUGAAGAAGAAGAAGACGAAGAUGCCGUAGCCAACUCUUCCUCGGAAGAAGAAGAAGAAGAAACCGAUUCCGAAACCGAAGCCGAGCCGGUCGCGAAGCCGCUUGUGAAACCUCCAGCAGAUUCCAUAAAGGUUGAAACUUCCUCAAAGCCCGAGACCAAGAAGAAGCGAUCUAGUGAGACAAAUGAAGUAGAAGCAAAGAGGGUCAAGAGGGUUUCAGGAGAAGAGACUAAGAAAAGCUGUUUCCAAAGAGUUUGGACCGGAGAAGACGAGAUUGCUGUCUUGCAAGGGAUUAUCGACUUCAAAACCGAGACUGGGUCAAGCCCUUAUGACGACAAGAACGCUCUUUAUGAUCUCGUGAAGAAAUCUGUAAGCUUUGAUGUUACUAAAACUCAGUUUAUGGAGAAGAUUAGAGCUUUGAAGAAGAAGUUUGAGAACAAUCUUGGUAGAGGCAAGAAGAAAGGAAAGGAUCCGUCUUUUUCCAAAGCUCAUGAUCGCAAGGCGUUUGAUUUGGCAAAGUUGGUUUGGGGAGAUAAUGGGAUCAUGGCUCUUGAACCAUUGUCAGCUGUCAAGUCAAAGAAAGUUGAGCAUGCUGUGAAGAAGCAAGAGGAGCCUGCUGUGAUGAAGCAAGAGGAACCUGCUGUGAUGAAUCAAGAGUUUGUUCCCAUUGUUGAUUUAGUAGCUCGUUUUGGUGUGGAUGAUCUUGCUGCUAAACAAGGUUGGAGUAGGCUUUCAUCCAAGGAUAGGGAGAGAUUCGAGGAGCAAUGGAAAGAGUUGCAGCUUAAGGAAUUCAAGUUCUACUCUCAAAAGAGCGGUUUCAUUCAUGAAGUGGUAACAAAGAUGGCUGAAGCCUCUCGGCCAGACCAUUAGAUUUAUGUUUUGUUUUCUUGUCUCUUUUGCCUGAAUUCGCCUCUGUCGUUUUACUUUCUCUGUUGAUUUAUCAAUAUUGAAGUGAUAUUUUAAAUUAACUUAAUCAAUGUUGUCCA